CAAGGUAAAUAGAACGCAAAAGCGCUAAGUUUGUCCCAAACCACUGCCCGUAGUACGUUAACAACAUGGCUGCUCCCUUGAUGUUGAUGCGGCAAAGCUGUAGGCAGGUGACGCUCUUGGCCGCUGCGUCGCGUUACUGGAGCUCUAGCCCUGUGGCUCCGCCCUCAAAACAGUCCAGGCUCCUCCUCUUCCUGAGCCAGCGUUUCCAUGACAUUGAGACUCUCCUCAGCUGGAGCUCCUGGUUCAAGAACCGAGGUCUACGACAGAAGAAUUUUUUCUAUGGUUACACCCAGCAAAACUAUGGGGACAACAUUGCAGCUGCUUAUUACAUCCUUAGCCUGAAGGGAGGAUUCAGGUUUGCAGGGCAGUCAGAGUGGUUCCGAUCAGACAGAAGAGGGAAGUUCAGUUGGGACUUCAUGAACCACCAGGACACCUCCAUAGAGGAAGUGGAUGUCGGCAACACGCUCAUUAACUACACAGGCCUGGAAAACCUCGUGAAACAGAGGGGGCUGCGUACUCUCUCUGUGAGUGGCUGCGCUGAGGUGGAUGACUGGUUCCUGUCCCGCCUCUAUAUGUUCCAGGACACCCUGGAGGAGCUGGACAUUUCGAACUGUCCCCGAAUCUCUGUGGGGGGCCUGGCCGCACUGCAGAAGCUGAGGGGUCUGCGACGGCUGAACGUGUCCUCCCUCCCCAGGCUCCAGAACCCUGGGCUGGUUGCCAUCCUGCUGGAGGAGAUGCUUCCUCAUUGCCAUGUUACUGCUGUCGGGUACGACCACAGCCUGAUCUACAGCCCCACACAGACAGACGGCUAGACGCCCAGACACAGAUAAAGGCCCAGGCUGAGGCUGGAUGUCAAAAUCUGACUAGAGAAGUGGAGAGACACAAUCGAAGUUGGGCAUGGUGACAAAUGCUCUUAUUCGCUCCCUUUUUGAUUCUUUAACUAACACACACACAGACAAACAGGCAGGGAGGGAUGCCCAUUUAGUGUGUGAUGUAGAGCCUCACUGAUUUAAAAAAUGAUAAAUUAUCAGACAAGGGUUUUACUUACUUGUAGAGCAACAUUGUCGUCCUUAAGCUACCAAAAUGAUCAGUCGAAAUAUUUCCUUCAAAAUAUGUAUAUAUGAUGAUGGUAUGAAUUAUUAUUAUGCGUUGUAUUGGUGAUUUAAAUAAAAAUAUUUGUAAAAUAUG